UGGAGAUGCGCUGGUGUAUACAUAUCGGAAUGUGCAGUCACUCACUGGUGUAGAAGCAGCAGCUUCAAUGUACUCAAACUCAGCGCAAGCCUUCAUUUUCAUACCCACAGCCUUAGCUCUUGUUACCUCUCUCCUCAUUCUCUUUUACAUUUCCUUCACUUCCAAUUUCUUCAUCCAAACACAUCAUCUCACAUUCACUCAUUCCACUGGCUAUUCAACACCCCUUUCAUCUUUCAACUCCACUUCACAGAAACAGCUGAACAUUUCAUUUCUUGGCUCUAUACAAAGUGUUAAUACUCAGAGUCAUAUUCAGAGUCAGAGGCAUAUGGAGUUCAAUGGAAACUAUGUGAAUGACAACGAGGUAUUCCAUGACAGAGAUGACUUUAUGGACAACUACAAAGAAAUGAAUAGGAGCUUGAAGAUAUAUGUUUAUCCUCACCAAAAGGGCGAUCCCUUUUCCAAUGUACUCUUGGCUGUUGAUUUUGAGCCAGGUGGAAACUAUGCAAGUGAAAGUUACUUCAAGAAAGUUCUUGUGAUGAGCCAUUUCAUUACAAAGGAUCCUUCCAAUGCCGAUCUCUUCUUUAUACCUUUCUCAAUUGCACGGUUGCGACAUGAUCCACGAGUGGGGAUUGCUGGUAUUAAAGACUUCAUAAAAAGCUACAUCUUCAAUAUUAGUCAUGAGUAUCCUUACUGGAACCGAACGAAUGGGGCUGACCAUUUCUAUGUUGCCUGUCAUUCUAUUGGUCGUUUUGCCAUGGAUAAAGCAAUUGAUGUUAAGAUCAAUGCCAUCCAAGUCGUCUGUUCUUCAAGUUAUUUCAUAUCAGCAUAUAUUCCACAUAAAGAUGCAUCCUUGCCACAGAUUUGGCCAAGGCUAGGUGGUGACCUAAAUCUUGCACCUUAUAAGAGGAAAAAGCUGGGAUUUUUUGCUGGAUCACCAAAUUCUCCUGUACGUGAAAAGCUUCUGGAGUCGUGGGGAAAUGAUUCCGACAUCUUUGUGCACUUUGGUCGCCUUGAAAGUUCUUAUGCCAAAGAACUUCUUGAUAGCAAAUUCUGCCUUCAUGUGAAAGGCUAUGAAGUCAACACUGCUCGCAUUGCUGAUGCCUUGUUCUAUGGCUGUGUACCUGUGAUUAUCGCGAACCAUUAUGAUCUUCCA